CACGGGCGGCUGGUUAUUGAGGGGCCACUGGGGACGCUCCGUUGCUGUGGCAGGGGAUCGGUGGACCCGGCGCUGCCUGAACAACCUAAAGAUGCAGCGUCCAUCACCCACUCCGCCCGGUGUCCGAACCGGCUUGCUCCAGAGAAGCAAACUCGGAGAGAAUCAAGACCAAGAAGAGGGGAAUUGAGCGACACUAAUCUGUUGAUCGCCAUCCUCGAGUCGUUGCAGAAUACUACCCAGCCUUCGACAUCUUGCAAUCGGACUGGUCGCAAAGCCACAACUGCGACCAUUUUUUUCAGAAUCAUCCCAACAUACGGAGUAUACCUUCUGCUAUCCUGUCCCAUCCCAUUCGGCGGGCGUGCUAUAGCCCUAGCCCUGACAAUGAAGCUUUCCGGGUGGAUCUCGGCCACAUUCUUCGCCUCUAUUGUGUUAUCGAUAGAGACGACGCCGGCUCCAUCAAUCGACACCGUGUCAUUUUAUCCUCCACGCAAUGCAGACGCGACCCGGCGGGCCUUUGAAGUGCUACAAUUGUUGAGGAAGCGGAGCGAUAACUGUCCUUCUGGCUAUGACCCUUGCUCGAACCUCGGCCACUCAAACAUUUGCUGUUCCGAUGGUACAACGUGCACUCGUGACGCCGCUGAGAACAUUGCUUGCUGUCCGACCGGAGCGAGCUGUACCGGCACACUCUCUGAGACUGGAGCCGUAGUUGGAGGUUCAACCAGCAGCUUCCGAUUUCCUCAAACGGCAACAGCAACUCAAACUACAGAUGGGACGAGUGUCACCCUCACGGGUACUACAAUUGCCGGAGCGUACCCUUUUGUCGACAUACCGACAACAUUUGCGAACGCCCGCGUUUGCUCUUCAUACUAUUCUUUGUGCCAGAGCGAAUAUACAGGCUGCCUUUCGGAGCUUGGAGGAGGCUACGCGGUGACCGUAGCUGCAGAAGGUGGAGGCGUCACCCGCGCCGGUGGAGGGGCUGCGGCAGCUAUAUCAACAUGCUCUAGUCUGAGCAUGGAUGCCUGCCACGGUCUCAGCAUAGGAUACUGCAGCAGCUACAACACCGACGUAUACGCGAACCGGGGAACGACCCCAAAGCGGAGCUCCAGCCUCGAGGAUAUCUUCUUCGGUAUGUUCAUCGGACUGGCCGGGAUGUUUCUGUAAAGCCACGGCGAAGUUCGAUUUUUAUGUGAAUAUGUAUGUAUGAGAUAUGGACAUACGCUUGCUGGUAUAUGACCUGGGC